GAUACACGUGUAGCAUUACGAGUAGGUCGAUCUAAAACCCCCACGAUUUAACAGCACUCGAACAUUACCCGACAUUCGGAGGUGCGAAUUAUAUCGCGCGUGCGCAGAGACAUGAAGCAUGCGCACUCGGACACCGUCCUAUUUGCGUUGCGUGCGUCUCAGUUUCGCUCAGUUCACGACGGUGUCCCGUCGCGUUCGGUUGUGUUUCUCGUAUGGUCACAGUACGCGAGACGACGAUCCCCAACCUAAUAGGACGUCGCGUAUGUAGUAGGAAGUGCAUUCUCCUCCGUCAGGCCGUUUACCCUGUCCGACAUUGUUACAUUGUUCGUCGCGCCGUCGGACGAACCUCUUGCUGCAGACGAAACUCCGGUGCUCGGAACAGCUGAAAACCGCCGCCUCGUCCCCAUAGACGUCGAUCGAAACAACACGCGCGUACACGCUUGCUGGAAGGCUAACGCAGAAUGGCGGAAGCCCAUUCGGCUGUAGCAUUCAGCUUCUCGAUAACACACGAAGGAUGGGAUGUAAACUUUGACCGAGAAGUACUCCACUUGGUUUGGCUCUCUGGUGUACGUUCAUGGAAGAAGAGAUUCUUCCGGUUUCAGAAUAAUCUGAAAAGCGGCGUUUACCCGGCUUCUUUGGAGAGUCUCUGGGUUACUGUGAUUUUAGUAACGGCAAUACACUUUGCUGGCUACAAAGUCCCGUAUGACCUCGUUGGAAAAGUCUCGCCGUAUAUUUCCGGAUCGUCUAUACUCGCGCACUUGGCAGGCUCCUUCGUGGUCGGACUGUUCAUAUGGCUGGCGGUCAUAUACGCAAUUCGAUACACGUUCAAGCUGUUGCUGAUAUACAAAGGAUGGAUGUAUGAAUCAAGGGGUAAAGGUCGCAAGCCGUCAUUGACGACCCAAAUCUGGCUCUUGCUGGUAAAACUAUUCUCAGGUUGGCAUAAGCCUAUGCUGUACAGUUUCCAAGGAUCACUGCCACGAUUGCCACUACCGACAGUACCUGACACUAUGAAACGGUAUCUGAGGAGCGUACGGCCAUUGCUCGAUGACGAGAAUUACGCUCGCAUGGAAAAGCUGGCCAACGAGUUCCAAAAUGGCAUCGGAGUCAAACUACAACGUUACCUCAUUCUCAAAUCUUGGUGGGCUACUAACUACGUAUCUGAUUGGUGGGAGGAGUAUGUUUAUCUGCGUGGAAGAUCACCUCUGAUGGUCAACUCAAAUUUUUAUGGAAUUGACGCCAUUCUUACGCAUCCCACGAAUGUGCAAGCCGCGCGAGCCGCAGCCGUAAUAUAUUCCUGCUUGCAAUAUAGACGUCUUAUCGAACAUCAGGAAUUAGAGCCAAUUCUAGUGCAAGGAUUAGUACCAUUGUGUUCAUGGCAAUAUGAAAGGGUGUUCAAUACUACACGAAUUCCCGGAAUUGAAGUUGAUAAAAUCGUGCAUUAUCAAGACGCCAAACAUAUAGUAGUAUAUCAUAAGGGCAGAUAUUUCAAAGUUUUAAUUUAUUACCGAAAUAGAAUUCUUCAAGCCUGUGAAAUAGAAGUUCAGAUUCAACAAAUUUUGGAUGACAAUUCAACACCAUCGGAGGGAGAAGAGAAAUUGGCCGCAUUAACGGCUGGUGAAAGGACUGCCUGGGCACAAGCUAGAAAAGACUUCUUUGCGAAAGGUGUAAAUAAAGCUUCUUUGGAUAUUAUUGAGAAGGCUGCGUUUGUGGUUGCAUUGGACGACGUACCUUAUGAAUAUGAUCCAGAACAUCCAGAAAAGUUGGAUCAUUAUGGUAGGAUUCUAUUACAUGGAAAGGGUUAUGAUCGAUGGUUUGAUAAAUCUUUUACGCUAUGCAUUGGAAACAAUGGCAGAAUUGGUUUCAACGCAGAGCAUUCUUGGGCUGAUGCACCAGUGUUGGGAACUCUAUGGGAAUUUAUUAUGGCUGCUGAUAAUGAAAUUGGAUAUAAGGAUGGACACAAUGCGGGUACUCCAGAAUUUACGCCUCCAGCUCCAAUUCGACUGCAAUGGGAUUUGGAUGCCAAAUGUAUUGAAGCUAUUGAACAAUCUUAUCAGGUAGCGCAUAGUAUAUUAAAUGAUGUUGAAUUACGUAUUUAUGUGCACACUGCUUAUGGCAAAGGCUUGAUGAAAGCUCAUUCUAUAUCACCAGACGCCUAUAUACAAAUGGCAUUGCAAUUAGCGUAUUAUCGUGAUGCUGGAAAAUUCAGUCUAACCUAUGAAGCUUCCAUGACGAGAUUGUUUCGAGAAGGUCGAACGGAAACGGUCAGACCAUGUACUAUUGAGUCUUCUAAAUGGGUAAAAGCGAUGGAGGAUGAAACAACAAUGGUAACGGAAAAAGUCAAAUUGCUAAUGGAUGCGGUAGAAAGACAUCAAAAAAGUUAUCAGGAUGCUAUGUGUGGUAAAGGGAUAGAUAGGCAUCUAUUCUGUUUAUACGUAGUAUCGAAGUACUUAGAAGUAGAUUCACCAUUCCUGAAGGAAGUUCUAAGCGAACCAUGGAGACUGUCAACAUCGCAAACUCCACACGGCCAAACUUCGAGAUUGGUUAAAAAAUACCCGAAUUGUAUUUCAGCUGGUGGUGGUUUUGGUCCUGUGGCCGAUGAUGGUUACGGUGUUUCUUACAUAAUCGCGGGAGAAGAUCUUCUAUUUUUCCAUGUUUCUAGUAAACGAUCUUCGUCAAAAACGAAUGCCGCCAGAUUUGCAAGACAAAUUGAAAAAGCGCUUGAUGAUAUGAAAAACCUGCUAGAACAGAAAAAGAAAAUACAUCAGAACGGGUCUGCAUAACUUAUCUAUUACCUGAAGUGGUACUAUAGCUCCAAGUAACUUGGCUUAUGGAAGAAUUUAAUAAUAUAAACAUAAUUUAAAUGUUUAAAAUAUAAGUUUCUUAAGGCAGUUUUUUUUCAUAGAUAAUUAUUUUAGUAGAUAAAGAUUAAAGAAAAAAAAAUAACGGGCCCAAAAUUUAAGACACAACGUAGAUAUUGCACAUAUAGAUAUAGAUUUUAUAGAAUCAUUUUCAUAUUUAUCAUUUAUAUAUAUCAUUAUCACGAAUAUCAUCUUUAUUAUUAAAUAAUCAUUUAUAAACUGACACUUUAUGCGUGAUUUAAUGUACAAUAUUGCACAGCAAAAGUGUGCACAAAAAUACAAGUAUCAAAUUUCGAUGGCUUGCUGUACAAUAUUGCAAAUUUAAAGAAAAACGCUUAAUAUAUAUGACUAUAAAAAUCAAAUGUAAAUCUUAUUGCUUAUUUAAAUUGUUGAAAAUUUUCAUAUGUAAAAAGAUACGUUAACAAUGUUAAAAUUUUUAGAUAUUGAUUAUAAAAUUACUGAAUUUUGAAAGGUUUACAUCAUUACAUAUUUACUACAAGUGUAGGCAAUUUAAUAAAAAAUUUCGUUAUGCGUAUCCACUAUGAAUUAUAUUUUAUAAUAAUUUAGUAUCAAGAAGUGAUUUAUAUGUAAUGCAAUUUAAAAAAAUUUUUUAAUUAUUUUUUCCUUCACGAGUAUACACAAGUAGUAAAAAAGUAUUUCUUAUAUCUUAAUACGACAUCUCAAUAUUAAUCUCGUUUGUGUCUGAUGAGAUAGGGAUGUGUAACUACGAAUAUGUGAUUACUCUGAUUUUUCUUUUUAAGCAAAUGUUUAAGCGAUGCCAUAUAUUGAUAUGUGCAACUUAUCAAUGCAAAAUGUUUUAAUUGUAAGUAAUUACUAAUUGUAAGCAAUUUUAUACCUAGAGAAGAAAAGCGUGCGAUUACAUUCUCCUAUCACAUAUAUUUGUUAAAAAUAUAUUUACAGAUAUUGGUGCUUUUAAAUCUUGUUAUUAUUCAGUGAUGUUACAAUUAAAAAUGAUUGAUAUUUAAGUGUAAGAAAGAUGAAUGAUUAAAUGCAAGAUAAUGGUAUAAGAAUAUACG